UCGCACGCUAAAUCUGUGCCACGACACACUUGUUCCACGCUGUCAUCACUUAAAUUUCCUACUCAAAACGAACGAUUUGGACGAACGUCGGAAAUGAAUCCGCCACAGAAAUGCGCGGCUGUCGUUGUGGGAGCCGGCCCUGCUGGCCUGGCCGUGAUGGGAAAUCUCCUGGAAAAGCAACUUGGGGGGACAAUCGCCUGGAUUGAUCCAUUGUUCCAGGCUGGCCGUGUGAACCGAAAAUACCGCGAAGUCCCUAGUAACACCAAAGUCGCUCUGUUCCAAGCGUAUGCCACAGCAGUUCAGCCCUUUCGCUCCGUAAUCAACAGCACCCGUACCCCCAGUCCAUUCUCGACGAUGGCCAAACUGGACCAGGAAAAGACCUGUCAUCUGCAUCAUGCGGCAGACGUGGUCCGUGCGUUGACAGAGGGUAUCGUCAAGAUGGACCAGGUGUAUGCGUGCCGGGGGCAAGUCACUGCUGCCAAUCUGGUAGAGAAUACCUCGUCUUGGACCGUUCGGAUCCAACCUGCAGAUCACCUUGACGAAGUUGAGGUCAUAACUCCCAGACUCAUCUUGUGUACAGGAUCAUCGCCAACGCAGGUACCGAUCCCUGCGUGUGGACAGCACAUCGAGAGGCUGGACCUAGAUGUAGUGCUCAAACCUAGUGACCUCGUCUCGUAUCUUCCCCGCGAUGAGCCGCAAACUGUGGCUGUCGUGGGGGCUUCCCACAGUGCCAUCCUGGCGCUCCUUAACUUGGUAGAUCUGGCCCGCAGUACCCACCCCCAGCUCCGCAUCAAGUGGUUCACCCGACACUCCCUGCGGUAUGCGGAGUACAUGGACGGCUGGAUUCUGCGGGACAACACUGGUUUGAAGGGUCUCGCCGCCGACUUUGCCCGGCAGCAACUAGAGGAAGACAAACUCCCUCAGUCGGAGGCCGGCCGGUUCAUCACCAAGGUGGACUGCGGAAACGGCCAGGAAGCGACGCAGUAUGAACGGCAUCUGCCGUCGUGCUCCCACGUGGUGCAAGCUGUAGGAUUCACUCGGGACCCACUCCCGGAACUGUCAGUGAAUGGCCAUGCCCUCGAUCCCCAGUUUGACUCGGAGUCUGGUGGCUUCCAAGAUGCGGCCGGCCGUGUCGUCCCGGGUUUACAUGGGGCAGGAAUUGCCUUCCCAGAACGAGUGGUCGAUCCAUAUGGCAAUGUUGAACAUGCGGUCGGGUUCUGGAAGUUCAUGAAGUUUAUCAAGAGAGUCUGUCCCCAGUGGACCGCAUGAUGGUGUUUCUGUUUGCCUAAUGAUUCCCCCUUUCGUUUGCCAUGACAUCCUGAUAUUAUUAGCGUUAUAUCACUUUUAGACAGCCUUUCGGUCUAAUAUACAUAGUAUUUUCGACACUGACAGUUCUAUUCUUUACCUUCUCGUCCAUGCUAGGGCUUUUAGACUCGCAACAUGACAUAAAGGGACUCAAUGCGAUGCUUAGAUUCUAUCGAUCAACUGCUUUGGUUGUCGCAUAUUCCGCAUGUAUUUGUAGGACUAUUUAUAUGUUUCUACCUUAUCAGAUACUGACAAUAACCGCACCUCCCCCCAAAAUAAGAAAUACAUUUCCC